AUGUUUUAUCAGAACGAAUUCCCUGCCUACCAAUUCCGGUACGUGCGUUAUUGUGGUAUAGUGGAACGACCAAACAGGUGGUACCGUUGCCGACAGUGGUUUUCCUUCAUUUUGAUGGGUUCCUUCAUCCCGCUUCAUGUGCUUUAUCUCGUCAAAAUGCCGUUUUUCGAUCUGGUCGUUACUUGUGAAGAGGUCAUGCUGAUACAGUUACAUGCUAUAGUUGUUGUAAAGUAUUGUCUGUUCAUAAGCCAUCCCCACGAAAUGUACAAUCUGGUGGAGUCCUUCAAGCGCAUGCAAAAAUGCAUCACGCCGGCUGAGUUACCACGGUUUGCGAAAUGUAACGAUGUUCAUGUCAAACUGAUACGAUUUUACAUGAUCGGCGCAACGAUCGUGGUUAUAUCUUAUGUGCUAAUCGCGAUUGUUACAAGCGUAACACUAUCAUUACAGGAGCAUCAUGUGCAUUUUGUAACACCAUUUAGUUUCCCGUUCAAUUAUCAACAUCCGGUUUUGUAUAGUUUAUGCUUUCUGCUUAAUUGCGACUCGAUGAUGUUAACCAUAUGCACUAGCGUGACGAUCGACGUGUGUUACUCGGAGAUGGCCACCAACUUAGCUAUCCAUUUUGACAUCGUUCGGGAACGGUUCGAGAGACUUGACAUUUCCGCUGACCAACCGUUUGCCGAUCGUGAGCUGCAUAAGGUAAUCUCGUAUCACAGUGAUGUGUUGGCGCUGGCGCAAAAGAUGACGCGGCUUUUUCAAUCGUCCUUGUUCUACUGCCUGUUUCUGGUAUCGACAGUAUUAUGUCUGUUAGGGUACGAGUUUGUAAUGUUGGACAACAUUUAUAAGCGAGCACAGGUGGUAAUCAUGGUCGUAAUCAUAAUCGGUCAGGCUGUCAUCUACACCUACCAUGGAUCAUCGAUUCGCGAUCAUAGUGUAAAUGUAGCUGAUUCAAUCUACAGUACCAACUGGUACGAAGCAACAAUCUCCAUCAGGAAGCAAAUACUCAUCAGCUUGAUGCGUGCUCAGAAACCAAUAAUAAUCAAGGGUGGAUUCAUAGAAGCUUCAUUACCAACACUCAAAAAGAUGCUUAGCUCCAGUGCGUCAUACAUUGCUGUGCUGAUGUCGUUGGAGUCGGAUCCUUGA